UAAAUCCAAGGACGGAUUUUCUGUUUGAAAUUCUCAUUAAAGCGACACGAGUUUCUAAGACCGUCCAGGUGUGUGGAUAGUCCAUAUGUCCCGGUGGCCGGCCUCUGGGAGAAGUAUAUGGAAUAUGUGGGUGAGAGGUGGAUGCUGGACAGGGUCGAUUUUGUGGAUAUUUCUAGUGUUAUAUUUACCGAGCAUACAUCAAUCGGGGGCACUUUCGCAGGUCGUGGCCCUCCGCGCAAACAUCAUCUGUAAUAAGAUUCCAGGAUUGGCACCAAAACAGCGCUCUAUAUGUAGGAAAAGACCCGACGCUAUAGUGACUAUUGGGGAGGGUGUACAGAUGGGCAUGAAAGAGUGUCGUUAUCAGUUCAGAAACAAUCGCUGGAACUGUUCUAGUGUAGCAACAGACUAUAACAUGUUUGGGAAUACACACCCAGUAGCAAGUAAAGAAGCUGCCUUCUCAUAUGCUGUGACGUCGGCUGGAGUAACGUAUGCUAUAACACAAGCCUGUAGUUUGGGAAAAUUAAAACGCUGUAGUUGUGAUAAAUCUAAGAGGAAGGGCAAAUUCACCUCACGUGGUUGGACUUGGGGUGGCUGUAGUGCGGACAUAAGACAUGGACUUAAGUUCUCAAAGAAAUUCUUAGAUGCUCGCGAAAUAGAACAAAAUUCAAGGCCGUUAAUGAAUCUCCAUAAUAACAGAGCGGGCCGAAAGGCUGUCAAAGAACAGAUGGGGACAGAGUGUAAAUGCCACGGUGUAUCGGGAUCUUGUUCUUUAAAAACAUGUUGGACAACAUUGCCAUCUUUUCGGAGAAUUGGUGAUCAUUUGUACAAAAAAUAUAAUAAAUCUAAAAUGGUAUCGCCUUAUUACGCAACGAGGAACCGAAUACCUACCUUUUUGACAUUAAAAAGAUCAAAGCGAGCGCAUGCAAAACCACGCCGCUCUGAUCUGGUGUAUCUUAAGAAAUCCCCAAAUUACUGUGAUUUUAAUUCGUCAACUGGUUCUUUGGGAACGGUAGGCCGGAAGUGCAACAGGACGUCUUCCGGAACAGAUGGCUGUGAUUUGAUGUGUUGUGGGCGGGGCUACAACACCCACCAGUACACAAAAACUGACCAAUGUCACUGUAAGUUUUAUUGGUGUUGUUACGUCCAGUGUCGCGAGUGUAGUGAACGGACAGAGGAGUACGCAUGUAAAUGAGACGUUGUAUUAUUCUGACACGAGGAGGA